GACCAACGCUCUCACGACUAACAUUUUAGACUUCCGCAGCGCACUCCCUUUCAGACUACUUUCCCUUUCGAUUUGCCAACAGUUACGAGAGUUGGCAGUUUGUCUUCUGUUGUUUUAUCCAAGCUCUCCAGCAACGCAUACGACACAGCCCACCUUGGGCCCCCACGUUCAUAAUGUUGAAGAUAUGGUCUAUGAAAAAGGAGCAGAAGGAUGCGGAAAAUGCUGAAGGUCAAGCUUCUGGUGGCAAGAAGAAGAAGGUGACCGCUGCUCAGUUGCGCGUGCAAAAGGAUCUUUCAGAACUUUCCCUCGGCUCGACGAUGAAAACAGAGUUCCCCGACCCUGACGAUAUCCUCAACUUUGUCCUCACAAUUGACCCCGACGAGGGCAUGUACCGAAGCGGUCGAUUCACAUUCGACUUUGCCAUUAACCAGAACUUCCCACACGAACCUCCCAAGGUUCGAUGCCGAGAAAAGAUUUACCAUCCCAACAUCGACCUUGAGGGCAAGGUGUGCCUAAACAUUCUGCGAGAGGACUGGAAGCCUGUGUUGAACUUGAACGCAGUGAUUGUUGGCCUACAGUUCCUUUUCCUUGAACCAAACGCAUCGGACCCGCUGAACAAGGAGGCAGCUGAGGACCUACGAAACAACCGGGAAGGCUUCAAGCGCAAUGUGAGGACUGCUAUGGGUGGCGGAGUGGUUAAGGGCACGAAUUACGACAGGGUCCUCAAAUAGAGAGAGCGAGCAGCAACCACAUUUUCGAGAUGAACACCUACGGAGGCAAAUAACCUAAUCAGGGAUUUUGAGAUGAAUGAACGACUCUAGCGAGCGUUUUGGUACAGCGAACGACAAGCGUCAGAGACGAAAGAGCACCAAGUGGCGUCCUAUGGGUCUAUAAUCUGGAGCAGGCUUUGCUUGUCAUCCCCACGGCGUUCUGUGUAUGGCUUGAUGAGGGGUGUGUCUGCUGAGGAUCUUACCGAGGCGGGGUAGAGUUGGAGAUAUAU